AUGGCGUUGAUAUCGCAUCAGAUUGAUAGCGAAGGCGGGCAUGACGAGCUUGACUUUGAGUUUUUGGAUACCAAUGGAACGUUGCAGACAAAUGUGUUCGCCGGUGACAAAGGGGGCAGAGAGGAAUUGGUGGAUCUCGGCUUUGAUCCUUCAAAGGAUUUCCACACUUACCUUAUUCUCUGGACAUCACAAAAAGUGGAGUUUCAGGUGGACGGCCGCCCGGUUAGAGUAUUCUCGAACAAGGGAAGAAAAGACUUCUUUUCGAAGCCCAUGAUGGUAGAGGCAAGCAUAUGGAAUGGAACUUGGGCUGGAGAAGUGGAUUGGACCAAAGCUCCUUUCAUAGGCCAAUACCAAAGUUUCUCCAUUGAUGGCCACAAAACUAACAACAGUACUCUUCCAUGUGAUUCCUUACCCUGA